GCUUCGAUUCAUGGGGUCGCAAAGAGUCGGACACGACUGAGCGACUGAACUGAACUGAACCCUUAUUGAGAGGGUGAUGUUCCAGCAAAGACUUGGAGCAGUGAGGGUUAGUCAAGGUUAUUUGAGGUGGAACAGCCCGGGGAGCACCAAGGUCCUGCGGUCGAAGCAAAGCUGGUGUGUGUGAGGAGGCAGGUGGGGCUGGAAAGGAAUGAGCAGGCAAGGAUGGUCACAGGUGAGGUCGGAGAGGGUAAGGAGAGGCAGAUCGAGUAUAGGGCUUGCAGAUCAUUUUAAGGAUGUUAGCUUUCCCUCAGUGAAAAUGAGCAUUGGAAGGGGACUGCAUUUUUCCCACAGAGGAAACUGAGGCUUUGCUUUCCACACCAAUGAGAGGUCCUGCAGAAGAUGAUUUCCUCACCAACACCAGUACCGAAAAGUUGCCAGACGGCCAGCAUUGCCACGGCUGAAGCAUCCGUGCAGGCCCGGAAGCAUGUGGAUGCUGAGGUGCAGACCGAGGCCCCCGAGCCGGUCAGCCUGCCAUCUGUGCCUCGGUACAACGGCCCCCAGCUCGCGGCCUUUCUCCGGAAAGUGGAGGCCAUGGUUACCCGAGAGCUGAACAAGAAUUGGCAGAGCCAUGCGUUUGACGGCUUCGAGGUGAACUGGGCCGAGCAGCAGCAAACGGUGACCUGCCUGCAUACACUGAGCUACCCCCCAGCCCAAGGACAGGGUCUCCACGUGACUGGUGUCUCCUGGAACUCCACUGGCUCUGUGGUGGCCUGCGCCUAUGGCCGGCUGGAUGACGGGGACUGGAGCACGCUGAGGUCCUUCGUGUGUGCCUGGAACUUGGACCGGCGAGGCCUGAGCCCCCAGCAGCCGUCGGCGGUGGUGGAGGUGCCCAGCGCUGCCAUGUGCCUGGCCUUCCACCCCACGCGGCCGUCCCUCGUGGCAGGUGGACUGUACAGUGGCGAGGUGCUGGUGUGGGACAUGAGCCGCCCCGAGGACCCACUGGUCUGGCGCACGGGCCUGACGGACGACACCCACACGGACCCCGUGUACCAGGUGGUCUGGCUCCCAGAGCCCCGGCACAACCACCGCUUCCAGGUGCUGAGCGUGGCCGCUGACGGGAAGGUGCUGCUCUGGCAGGGGGUCGGGGCCGGCCGGCUGCAGCUGAGCGCAGGCUUCGCCCUGGCCGUGCAGCAGCUCCCCAGGAACACCAAGCUGAAGAAGCCUUCCCGUGGGGAGACUGAGGUGGGCACCACAGCGGUGGCUUUCUCCAGCUUUGACCCCAGCCUUUUCGUGCUGGGCACAGAAGGCGGCUUCCUGCUCAAGUGCUCCCUGACGGCAGAGGAGGCCGCUGUCACACGGAUGCCCAGCUCUGUGCCCCUGCGGGCCCCAGCGCAGUUCACCUUCGCCCCCCACGGCGGCCCCAUCUACUCUGUGAGCUGCUCCCCCUUCCACAGGAAUCUCUUCCUGAGUGCAGGGACAGACGGCCACGUCCACCUGUACUCCAUGCUGCAGGCCCAGCCCCUGACCUCACUGCAGCUCUCCCACAAGUACCUGUUUGCUGUGCGCUGGUCCCCGGUGCGCCCCCUGGUGUUUGCGGCUGCUUCUGGGGAAGGUGAUGUGCAGCUGUUUGAUCUCCAGAAAAGCUCGCAGAAGCCCACAGUUUCAGUCAAGCAAACCGAGGAUGAAAGCCCUGUCUACUGUCUUGAAUUCAACUGCCAGCAGACUCACCUCCUGGCUGCUGGUGAUGCCAAGGGCACGGUAAAGGUGUGGCAGCUGAGCAGUGAGUUCACUGAACAGGGAGCCCGGGAGACAGAGCUCCUGGACCAGCUGGCCUCGGAGGUGGCAGCUGAGGCCAGCUGAGGUGGGGACGCUACCUCUACGCUGUGUGUUUCUGACGGAAGCUGAAUGAAGACGUGACAAGCUUU